CACCCUAGUACACAUGUUGUAUUUCUGGCUGCCUGUGAGUAGGAAUCUCCAGAAUAAGCUCACUCACAGUCAUGUAGUGACACAUGACCUCAAUUCCCUAGUUUCAAUUCCAAAGCAACGACCUUUUCGAUUCCUCUCCGCCAUCCUUGUCCGUAUAUUUCUAGGGUUUCGACAAUCGAAACAGAGCAGAAAAUGGAGGAGCUGACAGCUCCGGCGACGAAAGACUCGGACUUGAAGCAGCGGCAGAGGAGCUUCGGCAAAGCGUACACCACCUUCCAAACGCAGGCUGCUUCGCUCGUCGGGCUGACCCGCCAGUUCAAGGAGCUCCAGGCGCGGUGGGGGUCCACCGAGGCCUCGCUCCGGACACGGUUCCGAGAAGUCCGCGAACCGGAAAGGGAGGUCGGCGCCAGAGAGAAGCGGCUGGAGGAGAGAAAGGUGGAGAUGGAAGCGCUGGAGAAGCAGCUGGAAUCGAGUAAGUACCACUUGAGUUUUCUGAAGCCGUUGAUUACUAAACAUGUGGAAGAGCUUGAUUUGUUGAAGGUGAGGGUGAGCGAGAAGAAGGAAGAGUUUGAUAUGGUUGAAAAGAGGGGUUUGGAAUCGGCCGAGAGAUUGGGAAUUUUGGAGAAAUGUGUGGUGGAGAAGAUCAAGUUAAGCAUUUGGAUUCACUCCAUACAAGUGAGAGGCAAGUUGAGGGCAACGAGCUUGAUUGGAAGUUAUAACAUUCUGAUUCUGAAGUGAAUCAGUGCUUGGAACUUACCCCUGCCUCUAACGAUAUGAUUGAUAAGGAUGGUAGAAGCUUUGAGGUGAUCCCUGGAAAAGGUUGUAGAUUACCAAAUAGCUGGUCUAAGAGCUGUGAUUCAGUGCAUUGAAGAUCACAGCCUCGAGUCGCAGUACUCACCAAUUGAUAUUAUGAGGGAAAUUGAAGGGCUUGGGGAGCUAAAGGAGAACCCAAACCUGGUGCUAUCUCUACUGUCCAAUGUUGAAAACCAUGAGCAGAAAAAAGGAAGGAAGCAAAGUUCCAGAGUUGGUAUGCCAAUAUCUCACACAUAUCAACUGCGUAAAAGAGCAUAACUGAGGACCUGGUUCUCAAUUACAGGGUGGUUCAGUGCAGUUAUUCUGCAUAAUUUUGUGGAGGUCAUAGUUAUUUUGGUACUGGGACAUAUUGAUUCUUUUGGUACACUCAUGGUAAUCAGAACACUUGUAAAGCUUGCUAGCCAGUUGAUUACCAUAACCAUGCAUC